CUCUCCCUCACAGCCAGAUCUGAGGACAUGCCUCAGCCACUGCUGCUGCACAGGUUUUAGAGGAGUGCACAAAGAAGAAUAGUGGCAGUAGCUGGUGGAGAAAGGAGGACAGGAGGGGGGAGGAAAAACUUUUUAUUUUUCUAAAGGGAGGCAGAGGAGGUUUGGGUGUGAAGAGGCAAGACAGGAGAGAGAAGCCUUCCAGAGUGGGACUACCCAACAGUGGGAGGUUCUUCCAGGGAGGGCAUAGAGAUUUUCGGCAGCUUCAACUCCUCUCCACUGGGAGUCCAAACCCAGGGUCCAUUGCCAUGGAGCCUUCAAUGUCAACAGAAGUCGAUGAAGAACCCAAAGAGAGGAAGAAGAUCCAGUUUGUAGUUCCGACGUCAACAGAAGUCGAUGAAGAACCUAAAGAGAGGAAGAAGAUCCAGUUUGCAGUUCCGACCUCAGCGCCAACCAACCUGGACCCCCGGCAAGUGGAAAUGAUUCGACGCAGGAGGCCAACACCUGCAACGCUCUUCAGAGUAGCGGACCAAUCAUCUCCUGACGAUGAUCAGUCCACUCAUCAGGUAAAGUGGGUUGUGGGAGAGAAUGGAGUCCUUAAACCAAAACGUGUGAACCCAAAUGUCUAUCAGCCUCCUUCACUUAAAGCUGUGCAGAAGAUGGCUGAAGCACACAUGCAGAAAUUAGGUGUCUACCCUUUGGAAGACUCUUAUGAAGGGGAGGAAGAUGAGGACCGCUGGCAUGGGGAGGAGGGGGAAGAUACGUCUUCCACUAAAACAGCUGAUCAUCAAGAGACGGCGAGCAACGAACAGUUUCCCAGUGUGAGAGAGUCGGCCAAGGAGAUCCAAGCAGCAAAGGAGGAAGACGAGGAGAAGGAGGACAGCGAGGAGGAAAUAGACAGGAAGGGGGAUAAACAUGAGGAGAACAACCGGGAGUGCAACUGAGAGAGCAGGAGGGAUCACACUGGGAGAGAUAAUGUGUGAUGAAUCAAAUCUGAGGAACUCUGAAAAGUGGCAAAAUGUGGAAUCCCCCCCUGGUUUGUGAGAGCUGUGAGUCACCUGAGCAUGUACUCCUUUGCCUCUCUGCUGGAUUUCAGACAGAGGACAGAGAGGGAGUUCAGAAUUAAAGAAGUAUUAUGAGCAGGUGAAGAAUGAUCUGACAAAGCAGACCAGUGACGACAGUUUGGCCCCCGAGUCCCUUUGUGGAUUGUAAAAGUGGACGGGUCAAGGUCAGUGUGACCAAAAUCCCUGCAAAGACCAGUCCUCCCUGCAUCGUAAUUCUUCAGCUCAGAGCUAAAAGUUCUUUCAAAGAGGCUAAAAGGUCAAAUGUAUAAACAAUCUUUAGUACAUUUUCACUCUUAUCUCCAAUGCAAUCCUCUCUGAAAGCACUUAAAGGUCAUUAAAUAUGUGUGCUGCUUGAUCUGCUUUAGUUUGAAAUCAAGGCCUACAUUUUUUUAGGUGGUCAGCAUGUACUGCCACCUGGAGGAAUAAGCGUUACAGCUGACUUUAGCCACUUCUUUUCUUCAGUUAUUAGUAGAAAACACACCAUAUUUGUGUUCUAUCUAAACCACAUUUUCUUCUAACAUAGUUUCCAAUCGGGUGGUUAAAGGAGAAAGUUGUCUGUCAAAUAUCAAAUUUUUCUAUAUUUUCCUAUAAAGCAACAUUGUUGAGAACCUGAAGAUGCUUUUUUUAUGGAAGCCACAAUAUGAAAAUUCAAUACCCACAAUUAAUAAAUAUUUUUUCUUUUUCUAUAGUCCAGUUAAUUUAUUUCUUUUUCCAAUUUGGCAUUGUAUUUUUCAAAUAUUCAAAUGGAAACGCUACCUCUAAUAAAAAGAUGAAGAGCUUCACUGCCUCCAUGAGUCGCAAUUGAGAGGAAUUCAAGAGAAAAACUAACAUCAAUUUUCAAAUUCUACACUGAUUUUUCUUUAGAUCCUACUUUUUUAAAACCGUUUUUUUUUCUUGUCAUGGAUUUUCCUGUUGGAGCUUUUUUCUAAUCUGAAUUUCUGUGUGAAGAGUGGCUUCUGCCUUUUUUUCUGGAGAAAAAACAAAACAAAAAAACAAGCAAAAAUGGGCAUCAUUAUGUGGUUAAAAUAAACAGCCAAAACCACAGCUACUGAAACAACAAAAUCAGCAUGAGACAAACUUUUUAUGGAAUUUUUUUUAACUUUCUCUUCCCCUUUAAUGAAAUAAUUUACGUUCAGUCAGCCUCUUUCGUCUUUAUGUUAAAAUGAUGUAUGGGAAGUUUUCUGGAUAAAUCAAUCGUACUGUCUGUCUUACAGGCUGCUGUGUGUAUAUAGAGUUAACUUUGUUUUUACCUCUGACCUGAAGACCUAAUGAUUACUCCCACCCCCAUCACUCUUCACUUUCUGUCAAUCACCCCUCUCAGCUCCCAGGUCAGAAGAAAAGUAUCAAUGGAAAGACUUGUAUAAAUGAAUAUGCUUUUUUUCAGUCUUUAUUUCUCUUUUGAUUUUCUGUUUCUCCUGUUUUCUCACUGUCAUGUGAUUGUUUUAAAGUGAGCAGCUUUCAAUGGUAUCAAUAAAUAUUUUUUUUCUUUUUCUCCUUUAA